CAGAGCACAAUCUCCUCUCGCUGUCAGCACACAGGCUAGAGACUUGUGUGUUCAAGUGCGUCUGUGCAUAGCCUAUAUAUAUAUAUACAUAUAUACUAUUUUUGACGGGUUUUCUUGAACUAGCCCAAACAUGCUCGUUUGUUCAAUAUGCAUAAAGCGGACCAUGAGGAACGGAACUGCACUGCCAUGAAAGUUUGAUCUGGUGUAAAUCCUCCCGUGCAAAUGAGGACACUUCACGAGCAGCAUUUCUGGACGAUGGCCGUGUUUAAACAGGAACGACAUCAAGGACUUUGUUUGUAACUCGUGCAGAUACAGAGAAGUGAUCCGCUGUUGAACACAAGGAAGUGGAUGCGCUUAUGCGAAUUCUGUUUUUGGAAGGAUUUAAUGCAGACAUUAAUGCAGUGCGCGCGCGCGUGUGAUGUGCGGGACGAACAGGAACUCAUCCGUGCCCCUCAUCAGCCCAGUCUUGACCUUCUAGAUUCCCAACAGUGAGGCACAAGCACUUUAUUUCUGAGCCACAUUAACCCACACAGCUGGUGUCUUCAGCACCUCAGUGGACUCAUGGGUACCAUACUGUCCCUCUCCCCGGGUCCUCGAAAACCCGGUUAUUAUGACAACCGGCCCGGUUCUCUAAGCCAUUACCCGAGCCUGAGCAGCCGCUCGCUGAACACUCAAAAAGACACCAACCACAAACGUGGCCACUCCAUCUUCCUCCCCGCUCUCACCUGGAAACGCCUGGUGGCCUCCACCAAGAAGCGGGGCGAGUCCAAAAAAGCCUAUCCUGGAGGUCAAGGGGCCGGCGGGGCUCCUCUCAACAACAAUAACAUCUACCAGAAGGAUCCAGUCUUGCACCUCAACCGUGAAAAUGUGAAGAAGUCUCUCUCCUGCGCCAACCUCACUAGCUAUGAUGGUCCAGCGGGUCUGGGCCUAGGUGUAGGGCUGGGUGUGGGAUACGGCAAACCGCAGCAGAUUUCCUCUGUUAAGAAGAUCGCGCCCACGUGCACCUCCUCACCCAAGCGUGUGAUCGUCCAGGCCUCGACCAGCGAGCUGCUCCGCUGCCUGGGUGAGUUUCUGUGUGGCCGCUGCUAUCGACUCAAGCACCUUUCCCCGGCCGAUCCGGUCUUGUGGCUCCGCGCUGUGGACCGCUCACUCUUGCUCCAGGGCUGGCAGGACCAGGCCUUCGUGACGCCGGCCAAUGUGGUGUUUGUGUACAUGCUGUGUCGCGACGUGGUGGAUGGCGACGUGGUGUCUUCAGAGCAUGAGCUCCAAGCAAUUCUCCUUACCUGCCUGUACCUGUCGUACUCCUACAUGGGGAACGAGAUCUCGUACCCGCUCAAGCCCUUCCUGGUGGAGGCGGCUAAAGAGGCAUUCUGGGACCGUUGCCUGGCCAUUAUCGACAUCACCAGUGCCAAGAUGCUGCGCAUCAACGCAGACCCGCAUUUCUUCACGCAGGUCUUCGCUGAUCUGAAGAGCGAAGGAGGCUGCGCUUUGCAGGACUACGCUAGAGUUCUGGAUCAGUGAAAUGAGGACGAGGCGGAUUGUCUCUGUAAAUGUGACGCUGUCAACAUCUAGCACAUUCAUUCCAUGAUUCUGGCCCCCCACAUGCCUUGUCACUUAACAUUAUGAGUCUUGUUUCGACUGACCAUUCUUCAAGAAACAGAAGAAACAUAUUCCUGGUGAAAAGACCUGCACAGACCUGUGAGGAUAUCCAGGUGUAUGUUGGUUUGGUGCUGGUCUAACUGUUGAACUACACAGUCUUUUUGGUGGUUAGUUAAGAAUCAUGCUGAUGAGCAUCUGUGAUGCAGGAGAAGAAAGUAUAGUGAGCUUUUAGAUACAGAAACAUAAAAUACGAUCCUAAAAUGUUCUUUAUGGGUAUUGAUGAUUCCAUGAAUAACCUUUAACUUCCAUGGAAUCUUUCCAUUCCACAAAACGUUCUUUAUUGUUAAGUAAGCUUCUUUAGAUUUUUAAAAUGUUCUUCAUACUAAAGAAUAAUGUUUCUUUAAGGAACUGUUUGCUGAAAGGUUGUUUGAGCAACAAAAAAUGUUUUUUCUGCAAAAACUCCCUUCUGGCUAAAGGUUCUUCGGAUUAAAAAAAAUAUUUCUUCAUACUAAGAAAAAAGGUUCUUAGUUUUAAGCUGUUCGCUAAAAGGUUUUUUGUUGAACUCGUGGUUGAACCCAAAAUUAUUCUUCUAUAGUGUCACUACAAAAACCCUCUUUUUGGAAGUAUUUUUUUUUUCAAAAUGGGCAUUUCCAACUUUUUUCUUUUAUCAUUCAAUUCCUCUAUCUUAAAAUUUUUAUAUAUUCAUAAUUUAGGGAUAAACAUCAAAAGGAAGGGAGAACUUGUCCAUCUGCAUAGAAGUUUAGUAUUUACUCUGUUGUCAACCUACUGUUUUUCAAAAGUAGUUAUGAUUCCCUUACUAAAUAUUUCAGUUCCUCUACCAUUUUGACAUCUAGUGGGAGAGAAACUGCAACAGAAACCAUCCGACAAAGAGCAUUUUAGUGAGAGUGCAUGUGUGUGAUGGGCAACAAACAGUGAACAUCAACAGCUGUUGGUUAUCAUGUUGUCCUUCCUUUAUUUCAUGUGUUGGACGUUGGGGCACCAGCUGCAAUGGCAUUAACAAGAUUAACAGAUUAGUGUCACACACACACAAGUGGUCUCAAUGCUUCUGCUUGCUAUCCAGCUCUAGGUUGAAUGGCUUAUACAUGUUGGCCAUAUUUUGGUGUCUGUAUAACAAUAUAGUGUCAUUGAAAAUAUGUGUCAUAUUUCCGUCUAUAAGAUUGCAUCCUUUCCCUUUAGAGUGUGAUGGAAAUGAACCAAGAGGCCUGAUUAUCUUAUUGCUCUCAUAUCACAGUUUACGUGUUACUCAGUCAUAUUUGACAUAAAUGUCAUAUUUAUGUCCCUUAAAGUCAACCAAAAUUGAUCUUUCCUAAAACACAGCUGGUUAUAUUGUGCACUUUAUCGGCACACAUUGCUCCCAAGUUUGUAGUAUGUAAUCAUCUAUUAAAACCUGCUCCGCCUCUUGCAGAAAUGAUAACGCGAGUAAUAGAUAAAACACGCAUACUGUCAGUCACGGAUGCAGCACAUGCAGAUACAACAGAUGCGCUCUUCUCUGGGUCAGGGUUUCAGGUGUCAGCGCUCAGACAGAAGAGCAGGGACAGCAGCAGCAUGUGGCACAGCAAGCACUCGUUAAUCUUAUUGUGGCGUUUUAAGGCAGGUCCAUAGGGCGCCAUACUCCAGCUCCCCAGCAAAAGCCGACUUUAAACACAUACUUCAGCCCACACACACUCUCGUAUAUGAGCACACAUGCUUGCUUAAAUUAUCUGUAACUACACAUACAUUUUCAGACUAGUUAUUGCAAAUGCGCAGAUAUGCAUGUGCAUAUGCAUGCACCUUCUUCAACACUGAAGCGAUAAUCAGCUUUUGAUCCUUGCCAGCAAUUUAGUAAAGUGAGCUGAAAAUGCCACAAUAACCAAAUGCCAUUCAGAUCAGAUGAGAUUUCUCUUGCUGAAAGAAGCAGAAAAGGCACAUCUUGUGUCCUGACUAUGCGUAACGCAGAUGUUACAUAACAAACACAGGAAAACAGAACUGUGAACUUUAAACAAGAACUUGCCUAAUAUGUAUUUUUAUAUUAAUAACUGUGAGGGAUUGAAGGAAAAAAAACAAGGUUUCACUUAUUUUAAAAGCAAGUACCCUUGUGAAAAAGAAGUGUUUAAUUGUAUUGAAUGUGCACAUGUAGUGUGAUUCAAAUCUUAAAAGUAUGUUUUUAACAUUUAAACCAUAUAAAAAUGGCACUUAAGUGUACUUAUGUGUCCUUAUAUACUUAAGUAUAUGUUUAAAAGUUCCACUUUGUAAUAGUUUCGAGUAACGUUUUAAUCAUGCUUAACUUUUAUUGUGUUUUGUGUGUUGAAGUACACUUAUUUUUCAUGUUUGACUAACAUACUAAAGCACAUGGAAAGUACUUGAUUUUAAAUAUAAGUUAAACUAACUGUAGUCUAUUUAAUAUUACAUUUAAAGUUAAAAUAUUGUAAAUUUACUAAAUUGCAACUCCAUCAUCACAAAUGUGUAAAUUACAAAUAUACAUUUAAAUUUAAAUAUAUAAAAUAAAAUGUUCAUAACCUUGUCAAUAUAAUUUGCAUUAUGGUUAGUGUAAAUGGAAUGCAAAAUCUGCUGACAAGCAUUUACGAACUCAUGUAUUUAAAUAUAUAUUGGUAUACAGUUUAAUUUAGUAUGAUAAAGUGUACUUCUUUUGACGUCGAUAGUGACCCCAUGAAAUCCAAAUUGGAAUGGCUUUUGGUUCAUGUGUUUUUUUAUUAUUUAUUAAUAUAAUAUAAUAUAAUAUAAUAUAAUAUAAUAUAAAAAAAUUAAGGUUUGAAGAAUUUAUAUGCUAAUGUUUCUAAUAAACUGACAAAAUAUAUUUUAACAAAUAUACAACUUUAAAAUCCAGCUCCCCCCCACCAAAAAAAAAAAAAAAAAAAAAAUUAUAUUGAUGACUCACUUUCUAUUUUUCCCAACCAGCAAUAGAAAGUUAUGAUUUAAACCAAAUGCCAUCCCCAUUAAAAAAAGAAAAAAAGAACAAGCCCUUUGAUAUGUACUGCCCCAACUUCCUGUUUCAACAUGAUAUGUCAAAACAAAGAAUAAAAUUGCAAUUGUCUAAAUCUUUUAUGGGAUCUUUAGCAUAUUUGAAUUGUGUAAUGCAGGAAGAUACAGACAUCAGUAACACAAUUAGAAAUAUGAUCUCAAACACUUUUACCAUGAGUUGUUCUCAAUUUGCAGCAGUUUAAUUUCUGACCAAAGCAUGGGUUGAUUUGUACUCAGUUAUUUUACCUUGAUAAACAGCAGGAAAGACAGUGGCAUAAAGGAAGUACCUAUAAAGAGAGUCGGUGUGUCUACAGAUCUCCAUUUCAGCCUCUAGUCGUUUCCAUUUCAGCCUCAGGGGAGGAUGUUAUUUACAGGAACUUGUGGCCACAGACAGGCUACUGGCAUACUAUAGGGUGUACAUAUCCCUCCUGGUCCACUGUGAUUCCCCCAUCCCUCUCGCCUUUCACAAACACAUCACUUGUUUUCCUCGCCUCGGUUAAAGUGAUUUAGUUUGCCCUUGUGUACAGAGAGCGCUGACAGAGUGCUGUUGUUGCAUAGCCAGUGUGCGCAGCUUUAGCAGUGGUCUUGUGCGACGUAAACUAGCCUGCUGUGUUUCUGUGUGUACCUCCUGGCUGGCUCGCCAUUGUGCACUGCUGCUCAAACUGUUCCUCCAUUGUUUCUCACCCAUGUGCACUGAAGCUGUGGGAUUUCUCUGGAAUAUCUGCUGCCUUCAAGUCAUAUGGGAACUUCCUAUUUAUGAGUUUAUAAAUCGUGAUUAUGACAUGUUGUACAUUCAAGCGAUUUUAGUUUGAAUGAAGUUGUGUUUCAUUGGCCGAUUUUCUUGUUUUUUACUUCCUGACAAUGUAAAUGACGGGAAGGUGUGAAACUUGUCGGCUUUAUCACAAAUCCCCAUCAAUUUAUACAAAAUGCAUACAAACUAAAUUGUAAACAGAUUAUAAAUGACAUUGACACAUUGACACAGCUUCUACUCAGAAAGCAAGGGUUUAAACUCAUGAUUAUGACAUUGUAGUGGCAUUCAUGAGCUUAUUUCAUAAACAUACAUUUUGAAGGCACCAAGUAUUCUAGGUUCCAUACUUGCUCUGAACUUUGUGAUGAAUGGUGAUAAAUAUUUCAGAUGUGAAACAUUUGUGCCUUGAUCUGGAUAUAAACUGUCUCCCUUAAUGUAUUGAAUAUUGCUUUGGUAACAAAGACACACACCUAAAUCCAAGACAGCAAACUAAGGAAAGCCAUGACUCAGAAAGGGAUUGAUUAUAGAGACGUUGAUUUUCUCAGGCUAGAAUAAUCACAACUCAUCAUGAGCCAUUCUCCACUCCCAUCGAUGAUACUCUUCUGAUCAUUUCUUCUGUUGCCGGUCAAUCAGCUGGACCUCGAAACACCUUUGAAGGAUGCGCUUGCACAAAUGUCCUUGUUACACCUCAAAUGCUUGAUCGAUUGCUGUACGUGGAGAUUUUUUUAUGUUGACAAAACAAGCACACAGGGACCUCAAAUCCCUAUGGAUUUUCCAACGAAAAGACAUGUGACUGGCAUGUGAUGUUCAAGUCUAAAUGAAGACAUUACAGCAUGAAGAUGGACACUCAGGAUCUGGAUGUUAAGUAGACUCUAUUGUAGACUGCAAGUUGGCGUUACUCUAUGAGUUACAGCUACUAAGAUGUAUCAAUGUUUUAAAUGCUGCUAAAUGUAUGUAGAAUACGAAAGGAACGCCAUGUAGCGUCUGGAUUCAGAAACAUAUCCAGUGUGAUGUAAAUAAGUUGCUUGUAUCAAUGUGAAAUGACUGAAAAAAAAAUGCAUGUAUAUCGUUCAGGAAUUGCUACUGUUGUGGUGUACAUGUCAACUUGAUAGUAUAUAUAUAUUUUUUUUCCCAGUUGGUAUUUCAGUUUAAGGUUAAAAGGAAAUUCCAGAAUGUUUUGUUUGUGUUUUCAUUUUAACUGUAAUUAUUAUUAUUAUUUGUACUGAAAAAGUUUCUAUCAGCUCAUCCCUGGUUCUGGAAAUCUAGAAUAAUUUCAGACUUCUGUUUGAAUGCAUUGUGGUUUUUGACGUUUCAGUGACAGCUUCUUCUGUGCACUUUGGCAAUUAUACUGGGUACCUUUGCUCUGAAUACCGGUGUUUAUGAAAACCGAGUUUUGAUAGUGUUAAGGCAUCAUACACCGUUUAAAGCUGUUGUGUUUGAUUUCUGCACCAAUCUGCACCUGUGAAAUUGCAAAUAUUUUCAAACUGGAUCUCCAAAACACUCUGCCAUUGGUCAGCAUUUAGUUAAACCAAAAUUAAAUUCAGUGUUAUAAGAAGGUUCAAACAAACUCUUAAACCUGAAUUUGAGACAUUUAACACUGAAAAAACUAAGAUAAGUCAAUUUGUCAGAUAGAUGAUAACUCUAAUUCAGCACAAAUGGUAUUCAGGUUUUACUAGACACCAGUUCUUUUCUACUUUCUUAUCAGCUUUAUGAACAAUAUGCUGUGCCACAUAGGCCUUUGGUGGAGGCCUUUCAGAGAGCAAGCCAAUCUGGAUUAUUUUGGACUGAGCUUAUUAAUUGGGCACAAAACCUCUCUCGACUGUGGUCUUGUGGCUCCUGAUCUCUCCUUCUUAAAUCACCAUCAGCCUUGGUGUAGCUUCUGAAACCACAUGUUCUCUUGUGCGCACAACAUGGUUCGGGGAGUUUUGAGCUUUUCCCUCUGGAAGUAAAUAAUACACAUGCAUAUAUUGUAGCUCACAUAGUGAUGCUGUUGUUGUUAGCAAAACUUGAAACAUUUAAAUAUAAAAAAAAGUAAAUGUGACUUUUGAAGGUGGAAAUUCCUUUUUUAGUUUGAUUAUAAUUAUUUAAUAAAGUAUUUAAAU